AUUUGCUUCACCAACCUUUUUCCUUACUAAGUUACUAUUCAUAUGUUCUCUCAUAUAUUGUCUCCAAUUAUUGUUGUACUCUCCAGAAAUUCAAGGGCGCAAUUUCUAUUGUGUAUGGAGCCAGAGGAAGAAAGGCCAUCAUUUUUCAAGGUCCUUGUUGGCGACUUCUCCCAGCAACUGCGUAUACCACGUGCAUUUGUGAAGAACUUUAAUAGCUGUGUACCGCCCAUCAGUGGCCUUAGAGGCCCUUGUGGAACAUGCUGGACUGUAAAUCUGAAAGAGAUCGAGAAAUCUAUUAUGAAAAAUGCAAUGAAGCUUGAGAUGUUGGUGAUCAACCCGUUUGGAAAAACUUAUAUGGAUGGAGUGUUUAGGGAUGUUAUCAAUCGGCAUAUAUACUCCAAACUCUAUGCCUGAACAUCCAUCUUGGAAGAAGAACGCGAAAGAUUAUGGGAAGAAGAACGCAGGGGAGUGGUCCAAGAAAAAUUAAGGAAAAUAAAGACUGAUGCACAAAUUAUAAUUCUGUAACAAUUGUCCGUUAAAAAAAUAAAGGCUUCUUGUUCUGCUGUUUAUCCAUGGUUGUAACCUUAUAUUUGUUGAUGUAUUCAAUGUAAUAUUAGUGUACAUGGAUUGUUUGACUUGUAGCUGAUGUCUAAAUUGAGCAUUU